AUGACAGACCCGUUGUCCAUUGCUACCGGAGUCGCGGGGCUGGUAUCAUUGGGGUUGCAAGUGACUGAAUCUCUCUUCGAGUUCUACACUGCCUUCAAGGGUCAAGAUGCCGAUGUGGCUCGCACUACCACAAAGGUCGAGGGUCUCCUGACGAUAUUCCGGAACCUCGAGGCAGUGCUGCGGGAGCGGACAUUUCAGCCGAACGAGCAGGACAUCGUCAAGAAUAUCGAGUCGUGUAUUCAAACGUGUAAAGACGCCAUUGGAGAACUACAAGACGAGUACAAGAAACUAAGCCGAAGUUCUGCUGGUGAUAUCAAGGGGUCUCUCAAAGUCGCAGGGCGACGAGUGGCCUACCCAUUCCGCAAAAGUACGCUACAGAAAAUGGAUGAAGACAUUGGCGAGAUACGUGAUAACCUGUCACUGGCACUGGACGUGCUCCAGCUCAAGGAUCAAAAGAAGGCCCAAGAUGACAUCGCCGACCUCAAACUGCUCCUCAGGUAUGUAAGUGCAUCACAGCUCUCAACGUCAGUCCGCGAGUGGCUCAAAGCCCCGGAUGCGAGUGUCAACCACAAUGCUGCGUGCGCGAAGCGCCACCCAGGCACCGGCAUGUGGUUCAUCAAUGGAUCGUUCUUUACCACAUGGCUGAGGCAGGAUGGAUCCUUCCUCUGGCUGAAUGGUCCGGCGGGAUGUGGCAAGUCGCUGUUAUGCGCCUCUGCCAUUCAACAUACCUUUCGUCAGAAGCACUCGAUGGUGAAUGUGGGCAUUGCUUUUUUCUACUUCACAUUUAGCGACGAUUCUAAGCAAGACGAGUCUGCAAUGCUACGGGCUCUCCUCUUACAGCUCUCCGGUCAGCUUUCCAACGGUCCAGCACUCCUCGACCGCAUACGGACUUCGUCCACGGUUGCGACCCCUCCCACAGACUCUUUACUCGAGCACCUCCGAGAUCUGAUACGAAGGUUUCAUCAUGUUUAUAUCUUGCUGGACGCUCUGGACGAGUGUCCCCGAUACGCUCAACGGGACCGGGUCUUGAAUGCGUUGCAGGAGAUGAGGAAGUGGUCACUGCCAGGAUUGCACCUUCUAGUCACUAGCCGAGACGAACCAGACAUUCGCGAUUCGCUCAACCCGGAUCAAAACCAAAUGCUGGUCAUGAAGAAUGCCGGAAUUGACCAAGAUAUCAGCGAUUUUAUCUCGAGCCAACUUGAGGUCGAUCCGAAACUCCGAAGGUGGCAGCAGCAUCAUGGACGAAUCAAAAGUGAGCUCACUGAUCGGGCUCAGGGCGUGCGACGUCCUCAUAGCGAAAACCACCUCGAUCGCUGCCUCCGCUCCUUACCACGAGGUUUGGAUGAGACAUACGAGCGCAUGCUGUAUAACAUCGAUGAAGACUGCGUGGAGGACGCCCGGCGAAUUCUAACCCUACUAUGCUUCUCCACCCGGCCUCUAAAAAUACCAGAGCUUAUUGAUGGAAUUGCUGUCAACCUCAAUGAGCCUGCAGGACUGGAUCGUCGACGUCGUCUACAUGAUGCAGACGACAUUCGCACUAUUUACCCGGGCCUGAUCGAGAUAAGACUCGAGGAGGUUCAUCGGCCAUGGGGGAACGGGGGAUACGACAAUGUCCGAGUGACACCAAAUGUCCGCCUGGCUCACUUCUCUGUUCAGGAGUACCUGGAAUCUGAUCGGAGUACGAUGCAAAAGGCAGCGACUUUUGCAUUGCAGAGUGGUCCUGCCAACGCAGAGAUUGCACAGAUAUACCUGGUGUACCUCUUGGAGCUCGGACUCUCGCUGGAUUGGGCGGAUACUACGAGGUUUCCCUUAUCUCUUUUAGCUGCUCAGUGUUGGUGCGACCACUACAGAAACGCUGGAAAUGCAAUGUCCUCCUUGAACGGACUGAUAUUGCGCUUGUUUCGCCAACAAGACACUCUCCACACCUGGAUGAGGUUGAAUAACGCAGCCAGGGCACGUUCCUUGGAGAUCUGGCCUGAGCUUAUGCAUGAGCCAUGGUCCCCAGCUCUACCAAUUCUCUGUGCCACGUUUUUCGGGUUUGAUGGAGUUCUACUAGAACUACUGGCCCUUGCAGAGAAGACUAAAGACAGGCGAGAUCUGAUAAAUAGCUUGAUUUGA